GCAACAUUUCGAAAAUGACUUACAGAUGGGCGCAGGGAGCUAAGGGCUUUGAGCUUGGUUUUGUGGAUAAUAAUGUACUGUGUGUCCGAAGUGGACCAACCGUGCGUUUCCAGGACGUCGAAACAAAGAAGUCUACAUUAUUUCGCUUGUGUUCCAAUGCACCAUCGUCACUUGUGGUCCAUCCAUCGGAACCUUACCUUGCCGUAUCCGAAUUAUACAAAACAAACCCGAGGGUAUUCGUGUAUCACUAUCCAGAUAUGCAAGAGACCAUUCUGCGGGGAGGUGGCAAACUCGAACUCAAACAGACCGCCUUCUCACACUCUUUUUAUUUGGUGACCGUUUCUGGAAUACCCGAUUUUUUGCUGUCUCUGUGGGAUUUUGAACAAGGCCUUCUGUUGUGUCAAGUUCCUCUUAAUGGUAUCUAUUUGACCACAAUAAGCUUUUGUCCACUGAAUUGGCGAUGGAUUGUGGCAACCGAUGCUCGUUGUUUCUACUUUUGGCAAGUCGAGUCAUGUAAUCAGAUCACACUUCUGCGGUGCAAAUAUAUGAGACUACCCGAGCAGUCAGCACCACUGGGCGUGUAUGAGGACUCAGUUCAGAAGGGAAUCACUUGUCCCAGUCAAGUGCCUGACCACACUAGAUUUGACCCAAAUUUGCCAACAAGUGCUAUCUCUGGUAUGCUGUGCUCUUUACGUCAUGUAACUUGUUCAGGUGUUGGUGAGGCUAAACAAAUGGAAUUCGAGGAUUACUUGGACGAUGCUGAUCACGUUUUCUGUGUUUCUCAGACAUGGUCUAAUACGGACCUCGUUUUCAUCGGAUGCAAAAAUGGUGAACUAUUAUUGGUUGACCCAAACUCAAUGACUAUGAAAGUACUCCUGAACCCAUUGACAAACAAAUCCCUCAAGAAAAAUCAUACUGAUAGCCCACCAGAAACUCGGAUUAUUCCCGUUACUGCUGAAGCUACUCAAUCCUCUGAAGUCACAGAACAUUCCGAAAACGAAAUCGAUUCUUUGGCGAUUCCUUCUGGUGCUUUUCAUUUUCUAUUAUAUACCAAAUUCGGACUGCUAUGUGCCGGGCGUGACGGACUCCUGAGAAUUUUGAGAGUGAAUUCUAGGAUGAUCGAAAUGCCAAUACACACGAAGAGAACAGACAGUGCACCCGUCUCAAACAACUGUUCACAACUACUUCGGACAGGAAUCACGUCAUGUAAAAUUUUGUACAAAUUUCCCAAUCCAUUUCACGAAAACCGAGGACAAUCUACACCGAGUAUCACAAGAUUAUGUGUGUCACCAUCUUUCGGACGUUUGUUACUUGGUUCUCGAUCCGGACAGAUAGUCCUUCUAAACAUUUCCUGUGAUCUGUUGGCAAUUGAAGGCUCCAUAAACCCUGAAUGUGAGCUUCUUACAAGCAAUGAUUCAUUCGUUGGUCUUGGGAUCCUUGGACCGGAGAAGACUAAGACUGCAAGGCGCAGUGGAGUGAUUAACACAUGGGACUGCGAAUCGGGAAGAUUAUUGGGUUCUCUGGCUGUUGGAGAGCAGUGUUUCAGUGUGACCGUUUCCUCAGUCAUUCCUGUUGCGGCCGUCGGGACGCGGUCUGGUGUUCUGUUGAUGCUCGACUGUUCGGAACCUACCACACUUCGGGUGGUCGAGAGUAUCAAACUCUUUCACAAUCCACUAAGUCACCUGGAGUUUGACGCCAGGGGUGAUCUCCUCAUUGCUGCAGCGGAUGAUGAAUACAGUGUUGUACUCGCUGGACGACCCAAAAAUAAGUUUGAGCCUCUUGGAUUUGUGCCAAUCACUGGGAAAGUCAACGAUCUGACAAUAAUGCGGCAUGGUCCCAAAAAAAUUUUCGUGUUGGUGACAAUGGGGCUGAGCACGUCUUCAGCUGCCACAGAGCUUUAUUUCUACGAGCUUACACUGGCUAUGUUAUUCAAUUCGCCGCAUUCUGUGGUAGACAGCUGUCUGGGACUGCGCGCAGAUACCAUUCGUCUUAUGCAGCUCCAUUUUAAUAUCCCAACAAUUAGCGUCUGCUUAUGGCCUCCACGAGACGACAGUGUGUCGGCUCCUCCAACUCUGUUUGCCGUAGAUAGUCGCGGAAAGCAACUACUAACCUAUGUUUUACCGGAAGAGCCCAGUGCCAGACCAGCACAAACUCUCAGUAUUCACUCGCGAGCUGUAAGUUCCAGUCGUCCAGUUGGUAGUAGUAAUGCGCAUCUUGGGCACAGCGGAUCGGGAACAUUUGCAAUCAGUGGCCGCCACGACCACAGCGGACACGUGGGUACAUCGUUACUUCGUUAUAACAGUCGAAAGACAAAACUUACGACCGGACUUACCUUACGUCUUACGCCUGCGCUAAUACAGACCAUCAGCACCGCGGAUGGACAGGAUAACACUGAACUUUCUCAAAAAGCCUCUGACCUUAAUCCGCUGACUGUUUCUGCCAUACUACGUGGAACUGGCCGUGUGAAACUCACUCGAGUUGGUGAAACUAACUGUCUACUGGCAUUGUAUGGCGAUGGAGUGGUCGAACUACUUGAAGUUUCGGCAAACGAAGUUGUUGUGAAACAGACGAUCGGAAUUCACGAAAGUGAUCAUAUCGGUGUGUCAGGUGCGGAAUUUUGCGGAGAUUUCAGAAGCCUUAUCACAUGUGGAUGCGAUGGUUUGCUGGCUUGCACGGAAAUUACGCUAGAUUCAGACUCACAACCCGAGCCAGUUUACAAAGUGACAACAGAGAUGCUCGAAAGAGCGUCACAAGACAGCAAGUUGCUAACAGAACUGCCAACCCACGUACCGAAACAGAAAGUCCUUUCAGCUAACGAACUGGAUGGUCAGAACCAAGUUCCCGGACAGACUUCUGGACAUAAUGCUGACAGGCCUCUGUUUUAUCGUUCGAGCACCGUAAUGUCAAUGGCUGAACCUUCAAUGACAUUGAGCUCUUCUGCUCAGUCGAACAGCGAGCCUGUGGAAGUGUUCCCCGUUUUAAGUGAGCCCAACAGGUCGACAUGGCUUGAAACGUGCGAGAAGGAAACACAUGCUCUUGAAGAUCAAAUUUAUGACGAAGCACGACAACAGGUUCGUUCGGAAUUGGCCGAGAUAAAGCAGCUGAUUAAUGCCAUGGCAGAAGAAAAUGAAGAAUUGCCUGAAAUUCAGCGUAUUGGCCGACAGGAAUUCGAGUUGGAUGUGGAUGAACAGGCAGCGAUUGUUGAAGAUACGGAGAAAGCAGUCAAGCAGACUCGCCAGGAAAUUCAACUUUCUGACUUAGCAAAUCAGUUCACAUGGCAUGUCUUGAAAAAUCGUUGCUGGGAUGAAAUGCGGGUGAAAGGACGCAUCCUACGUGCCUUCGGAUCCCAGCUAGAGGUAUGUAAUUUCCCCCUUCGGAGUAGAAGCCGUGAGGAUCUGGAUAGGCUAAAUGCGGUCCGGACAAGGCGCACAAUCCAAAUUCACCUGGCGGGGAUGUUUUCUCGAAUGAAUGAAAGUGCGUUUGGGGCAUCAGACACACCACUUAUGCUACCAGCGGGCCAAAAUGAAGAACCCGACGAAGAUGAUGAGCAAGAAGUCGUUGUCAAUCGCGUGUUGGCUGGUAGCAUUGCGAUGGAUUGGGGCGGUCCAGGUGAACUCUGCUACAGCCAAUUGGAUUUGUACACUCGCGAGCAGAAAAUCUACCAGAUUGUGCUUGUUGAGGAUAACAUUUUUCAAAUCAAAGAAACCUUUAAUAAGCGGUUCGAUGAAGUGUACCAAAAGAAAGAUAGUGGUCUUCAAAAAAUACGCACACGGCUUGAAAGGAUUAGGAAGAUCCUGGUGGAUAUUCAACAACCAAAUGCGGCUAAAUCGGUCAUCGAUCCUGCGUUCUCACCGGAAGAACAACCUGAGCUGCUUUUGACAGUGACUGAUUCAGAAAUCAAGGCAGAACGAUAUCUGUCUCCUGCCGAAAUUGCUGAGUUAGAAACACGUCGAUUGGCAGAAGAAGAAAGACGUCGUCGUGACAUGUUGGACAACUGGAGAGAAAGGGGCCUUGAAGAAAUGAUGGGAGGAGUACUGGAGGUGCGUAAAGAAGAUGAGCUCAAGAAAGAUGUACCGAAACCGGCCUUUUUGAUCACGCGUAAACCUUUGGUACACUGGACGGCAGAUGACAGACGCCUAUAUGCUGAGUAUGAACGCAAAGUACAGGAGCUUAACGAAGAGAGGGAGAAAUAUCGGAAAUUCCUCGAAGGUGAGAUGAAGACGCUGUAUGCCGCAAUAGACGAGGAGAAACUCAAAUUUGACGAACAAUUAGUUGCACUGUUUAACGAUUGGAUCCGGGUACAAAUAGCUGUGGUUCAUGAGGAACUAAAAAUUUGGCGCUUGAAAUGGAUGCUUCUGGUUGAAGAGGAGCUGUUUGUUCACGAAAACGAACUACGUCAGCAACUGGAAAAGAUUGAUCAGGAAGAGGCUGGGAUAAUACGGACAUUAGAAUCAGCUAAAGAAGUUUUGGAGCAAGAAAAAGAGGGAUAUGAUCUUUUGUGUGCUGAAGAUAAGUUGUUAGAGAAAAACUUCCGCAAAGAAUUCGCCGACGUACAUGGUCCAUUAUACGAUUACAUAUCAAGGGCUUUCCGCCGGCGCCCCAAACGAAUCGGACCGGUAAGCUCAACCCAUAUCGAAUCAGAUACAGGAGAGAAUUCGGACGCUAUUCUGUGCACCAAUGUCUACAAUCCUUACUCAGAAAAGGCUGCACAUAAGCGGAUUCUUGGCUACACCAAAAAAGAUUUGGAAGAAUGCUUUCGUGAACUCGAUAAUGACCCAGCUCGAGAAGGACAGCCACCAUUGGAUAACGCCGUUUGGGAGCGACUUUGCAAGUAUAGAAGGCGAAAGUUUGAAAAGGAAAUGCAGGUGAAGAAUAAUGCGCUAAAAUUGGCUGAUAUAAACGCUUUCGUGCAACGCCGCGAAGAAGAGCUGCGCGCAGUGCGAGCACGUCGAGAAACACUCAUCAACAACCUUAAUUCCUCGCUGAAAGACUACCAUCGAAAUCAAACCGACUUGGAGUUACAACUUUUGGUCAAACAAGGACAGGUUGAAGUGGAUUUGGUGGAGGGGAAUUUGGUGCGUGAUUACAGUGACGCACUACUGAUCAACCGUGACCAAGUGGAGGAGUUGAAUGCACACAUUAUUAAAUUUGGUGAAUAUAAGGUCGCACAUCUGAUCCGGAACAAGGAAUUCAAAAGACGUUUUUAUCAUUUGGAAUGGGAGCUUCGACGAAUGUUAAUGCAAUAUGAAGACGUUCAAACUAAGCUAAACGAUAUUCGCAAGUUUAAAAUCACGAGGGAAGUGCAGAAAUACUUGCAAACGAAUGAUUACGAUGGGAUGAUAAAUGCCCAGGUUGUUACUUUGGAGCAUACCAUGAACUUAAUGCGUCAGACACAUGCAAAAGCUAUGGAACAGAAAAGAAGACGUUUGAGACGUUAUCAGGAGGUCCAAGGAGAAAAACUGAAAGCAGAAAAUGAAAAUUUGAAAACCGAUCUGAAAGAACUCAAUGUGGAGCUUCACGAAACCAAAUUCAUCCAUGAUCAAAAUCGCUGCGUUGGUACAAAGCGACCCACAGGACCUCCAAGAUACAAAUUGCUGGUGCAACAACAGAGACUGAUGCAGUUGGCCAACGAGCAAGCCAAAGAAAUCAAAACCCUGCGCAAACAAUUAGCACAGCUGCAAGAGCAAAAGAAGCUUCUCCGAUGAAGCGGCUACUAGAGAUUCAACUGGCCCAUCAUCCCAAAGGCGAUAUGGCGGGGAAAGUCGCAUAUUCUUUAAUAUCCCGAAUGCACUGAAGAAACCUUCUCUCUCAAAUGUGAUAACUACGUAUACAAUAUAG